CCUCUUGUCUGCUGUUGUUGGUUAUUGCCACUUCCUGUUUGCUGUUGCCUGGUUGUUGUGAAAGCAGAAGGCAUGCUGGCCGCGUGAAACACUCCUGCAAUGCGAGAGGAAGACAGCUCACGUAUUUCUCGUCGCCCAUCUGACACAAACACUCACACCGAUUUGCGGCAUGGCAUCAGAGAGCGGUGUGAGUGCUUGGAGCUACGAGCAAGUGGCUCAGUGGCUGCAGGCUCAAGGAUUUGAUGAGUAUGUGGGUCUGCUGUGUGAAGUCCACCGCCUAGAUGGACCCAGUCUUCUGGUUCUGACCGAAGCUGACUUGCGCGGGCCUCCUUUGAGCCUCAGGGUGCUGGGAGACAUCAAGAGGUUGGCUAUAUCCCUCCGCCGGCUCCAGAGACAGAACCAAGCCCAGCUAGAGGAGCUGGGUCUCCAACCCAGAGACAGUCUCCCACCGGAUCCUGCUGCGGCGGCCGAGUGGGGCUGCGACAGAGUCGGCAGGCGCUGCAACGCAGGGGACUGCUCCGGGAAUGGCACUGAACUUCGACUGAGGAAUGGCGCUCGAUCUGAAUACGGAUCUGGAGCGACUCUGUGUCACACGCACUCCAACGGGAAGUGUCGGCAGCCGGCUGGAAGACUGGACCCGGAGGUGUGGAAGACUAUUUUGAGUAUAAUUUAUGUUUUUUUAGUCUUUGGUUUUACUUCCUUUGUUAUGGUGAUUGUGCACGAGCGUGUACCAGACAUGGGGACCUAUCCACCGCUCCCUGACAUCUUCUUAGACAGUGUUCCCAGAAUCCCUUGGGCUUUUGCAAUGGCUGAAGCAUGUGGCCUCGUCCUGUGCUACAUGCUUAUGUUGAUCCUGCUGCUUCAUAAACACAGGUCAAUUCUAAUUAGGCGGUUGUGUUCACUGAUGGGAACUGUGUUUUUGCUUCGCUGCUGCACCAUGUUUGUCACCUCGCUCUCAGUGCCUGGCCAGCACCUCAAGUGCGCAAGUAAGACGUACGGCAAUUUGAUCGAAAAGAUACAGAGAGCAUUGACAAUCUGGGUGGGAUUCGGGAUGACACUGACCGGCGUCCAAACAUGCGGAGACUACAUGUUCAGCGGACACACGGUCGUCAUUACCUUGCUCAACUUUUUUGUGACAGAAUUUGGGAAAUGCUGUUAUAAAAGGGAAGACAACUUGACUUGUACGUUGAUGGACAUAUAUCGAACAUAUAUCGUUUGCGUUCCACAAUGAUGAUGACAGCUCGACUCCCGGGAGAGGCCGAGAGAGAGGCAGGAAUUGUGACAGACGGUGGUUCGCCGAGAUCGCCGUGAUCCAAAUACGAACUUGUGAACGGUAGCAUCUUUAAAUAUAUGCUAUUGGAGCUGGAAUUACCGAGGACGGGGAAAAAAGCACAUCUAAAUGCCGCCGAGGGCCUCCGUGAUUUCGCGAUUUGUUCACGAGGCUCCAGAGCUCUGCGGUCUGAUAUCACAUUCUCGUAUGCUAUUUUUGCAAUACUUUUAUAAAUGUGAUUUAUUGACCUGUUUUGGAGUGCACCAAUCGUUUUAAAUAAAACAAAUUGAAUCAUGUCUAAAUGUUUUAUUGCGAUCAAUGCCUGCAAUAAAAAAAAGAAUGACAUACUAUUUGUGUUUACAUCAUAUGUACAUAACCUUGUAGCAUUUCCUUGUAACAAAACAAUCCAUGUCAGCCCUUCUGCAGUCGGCAAAUGUAAUAUAACUUGUAAUUUCACCACAUUUUGGUCACUAAUGGCCGUAGUAUCAAUCCAAUCCUCACGUUAACACAGGCUGACCGUUGUUAAUCAUUUUGUCCACGAAUGAUCAACGAAGUGACACGAACUGCCAUCCAAUCUCAUCUACGUGUCAUCUAGGUCGUGCUGAAUCAAUUUUUGAAGAUUCCAUGGGUUGCUCUGGCUUGAUUUCGUAGUUUUAUCGUCGUCAAUACACUGCUAAUAUACUGCUACGCGACCGGACCGGAAGUGCGAAGCAGACAUUUUCCAAGAUGGCGGCGCCCAUAUUUCGCUCAGGAAACUUGUCUAUAGACCCCAAUCACAUGACGUCACAACUCCGCCCCCUGACUGCAGCAGCCAUAUUGUCCAUCAGCUCGUCGUGUUUACACAUUACCGCUACGUACAUGCCUCCUAUUACGGCGUGUUAUUCUGCUCGUUAACAUUAAUAAUCAAAAAUGCGAAGGCGUGUGUGGCGGUUGGUUGCAGUAACAGAGAAGAUAGACGGAGAGACUUGAAGUUCUACCGUAUUCUGAGUGACCCGAAGAGGAGAGCGAGAUGGACUGCUGUAAUUCGACAAGAAAUCUGGGCACCAAACGAUCCACAGACUAUGUAGUAGUCAUUUUAUAUCUAGUAAGAUGCAUUUAAUAUAUAUUUAGAAGAUUUUGGGCUGACAACCACAAUUAAGAUCAUUGUGUGACGUUGGUGAUUGGGGUCUAUAUAGUUGCCUCUUUUUCUUUGGGAGUGGAGUUGUUUUGUUGGUGUUGGCGGUAAGCAGAGUAAAAAGAGGGAGAAAAAUACAACUUCCGUGUCUAAAUUUUCGCCGCCAAGCAAGCGUUACAAUAUUAAUUAAAAAUGAAUGAAAACUAAAUACUAUUGAAUAUGUCAUCAGUAUCAUUUUAAAAAUGUAAGUGACUGGUAAAAAUAGAUUAUGACUGGAUUUUUAUGACCCUGUCAGUCAAAAUGACAGACAACGAAAAUGUGUAGCGCAACCUCUGUUCCAGACCCAGGUUUUCGUGAGGCUGUUCCAGUACCUUUCAGCUUCUUUUUAACUUUGUAGACUGCACAUCUGGAUAUUCUCAGAUUUGCUGCAAUCUCAGUAGGUGUCAGACCGGCACGCAGCUAUUCAGGUACAGCUAAAGUUUUCUUCAUUUUCAGCAGAAGCACAGGAAUUGUAGAGACGAGAGAUUACCAGGUGCAUUGAGUGACCUUAAUGAAUCACUUAAGCAUGACAACCUAUUUAGAUAUGUUUUAAUGGCUUUUAAACAAGCAGUCAACUGAGUGUAAAGUUUUUUUUGGGUCACCCUGUACUUGCUUACAAAAACAUACUUCAAUGGCUGCACAUCAAUACCGAGGGAAAUACGGUCCAAAUCUUCAACAAGGAAAACUGCAACUAUUAGUGGCACUCGUCCAGCGGGGAAAAUGAACGCUGCUCAAUAAGCUAGCGGGCUAAUAGCGAGCAAACGGGGGGCAUCGCCGAGCCCACGCCGUUUACAGUUUGUCUGCCUUCUUGAAAUGUUAACUGACGUUCAAACCCACUUCCCAACGUGAAAGCAACACUCGAAACUAACAGAAAAUAGCGCUGGCGUGACAUCAAACAAGUCCGAGUGCAACAAAGGAAAGCGGACCGCACAUAUACUGUAGUACAGGGGUGGGCAAACCGGUCCUCGAGGGCCGCAGUGGGUCCUGGUCUUUGUUCCAACUGACCCAGCACAGAUAGUUUAACCAAUGCGGUUUCAGCAGAAAUGAGAAGCACCUGACUGCAAUCGACUGAUUGCACUUGUAAAACAGCAGAUUGGUGAAAAGGUGUCCUCUUAAUGGGUUGCAACAAAAACCCGCACCCACUGCGGCCCUUUGUGGAAUUAAUUGCCCACCCCUGCUGUAGUACAAUGAAAUACCUGAUAUGCAUAGCAAUUGCUGUAGAGAUCAACUAUUUAGAAUAAUUAGACCUAGUGAAUAAAAAAAUUAAAUGACAAAUAAUACACUGUACUUACCAUCAAGCAGAGAGAUGGCGGACGAGAAAAAAAAAAAAAACACUGUAGAAAAAAACAGCGUAUCUUGCAUGAGCGAAUAUGCAAUGUUGCUUUACCCUUUAAAAGUGUUUACUGAGUGAUCCUUACACUCUAAAUGCAACUCGUACCGUUAGCAUAGCAUUUGCCUUACCAUUGGCUUUAGCAUGGCGAGCAUCCUCUAAAACUCACCCUCACUUGUUUAUGUCUCGUCAUGACGUCCUGGUGGGUUUAAUUAUUUGCAAAAAAAAAAAAGUACCAUUAUUGCUGUGCGUGCAUAAUCAUAAUGAGGAAGUGCUGCGUUCGUUCGUUUGUAAAUUUGAAGCUGUUGAAGUUUUUUUUUUAAUUAAAAAACAUUAAUUUAAAUAGACGUUUUUUAGUUAUUCUUGGCCAAUCACAGACCAGUUGUGACGUGGGGCUGAGUUGCGUCACAUAUACUCUUGUUUUUAUCUCCAUUGCUGAUUUCAAUUAUUAUUAGUAGUAGUAGUUUUUGUUUUAUUUUUAUUUUAUUUAUUUAUUUUUAUUCUGUGAUUAAAUGCGAUCUUUUGUCUUCGUUUCUACGUUGUGUUGAUUUAAAUGUGAUUUUUAUGAUCUUCAUGUGAUGUAAAGCACUUUGAAUUGCCUUGUGUUGAAUUGUGCUAUAUAAAUAAAUUUGCCUUGCCUUGCGUAUCGCCUUGCCUUUAAAAGCUGGACAAAUUGUAUCUGGAUAAUAGUUUGUGCUGGACAGAUCACUGAAAAAGCUGAGUGCCUGUCCUUAAACCGGACAGAUGGUCACCCUAACUCAAUGUGACGCGGGACAUCAAUGCAAAGCAAAGCAACUUCAGGAUGAGCUUGUAGCAGCGAUGAAGCAAAUGUAUUUUAUUUUCGUUCAUUUCAUAAUUGAUUUAUUUCUUUGAUACCUCAAACUACUACCAAACACGGACAUCCUGGCUGUGUUUUACUGCAAAACAUACUGAUAAACUUUUUAAUUCAUUCUUCCGUUAAUGAUUGCAAGUUGUCCAGGCCCUGAGGUAGCAAAACAGUCUCAAAUCAUGAUGCUGCCUCCACCAUGCUUCACGGUGGGGAUGAGGUGUUGAUGUUGGUGAGCUGUUCCAUUUUUCCUCCACACAUGACAUUGUGUGUUACUCCCAAACAAUUCAACUUUGGUUUCAUCAGUCCACAAAGUAUUUUGCCAAAACUUCUGUUGGGUGUCCAAGUGCCUUUUUGCAAACAAUAAACGGGCAGCAAUGUUUUUUUUUUUUUAGACAGCAGUGGCUUCCUCCAUGGAGUCCUCCCAUAAACACCAUUCUUGGCCAUAUUUUUACAUUUAGUUGAUGUGUGCACAGAGAUAUUGGACUUUGCCUGUGAUUUCUGUAAGUCUUUAGCAGACACUCUAGAGUUCUUUUUUACCUCCCUGAGUAUUCUGCGCUGAACUCUUGGCGUCGUCUUUUGUGGACGGCAACAGAGCCAAACUCUCCAUUUGUUGACAACUUCUCCGACUGUCGAUUGAUGAACAUCCAGACUUUACGAGAUGGUUUUGUAUCAUUCUCCUAUGGGGGCCGAGAGGUGUCAGGCGAAAUGCAAAGUCCAAACACUUUGCAAAAAGAAAAAAAAGAACGAACACCAAUUGCAAACGCUUUGCAAAGGAAAAAAAGCACAAAUGCAAACUGCCACAACACGAUCCCCAUUUCCUAAAGCACGAACCCCAGUUGCCACAACAGGACAGCAAUUGGCUCGCAGCACAAAUGCAAAAGGCUCGCAAGACAAAUGCAAAGACAAAAGCAAAAUCCCACAGUACGACUCAAGAGGAUGACUUGGAAGUUAAAAAAAAAAACAAAAACAAAAAAAAAGGACGACGCUUUCUAUAUUGCUAUAUGUGCUUUGUGACCAUCUCUACGGACCUCCAUGAAGUUGCCCCCCUCCCAUCAAACGCAAAUUUACAUAAAAACUAUGUCAAUCGUUUGUACUGGUUUGUGCUGCAACGGUUUUGUAGAUACAGUAUUAUGCUUUUAUUCAAAUAUUAAUUUCGAGUGGUUGCGUCACUCGUAGCUUUUCCUUGGUUUAGCUCCCGCGGCUAAUGGAGCGUACCGAAUAGAUCAAUCACAAAGGUGUGUUCAACAACUAGCACAAACGAAUGGCACCACCUCGGGACCAUUUGCAGUAAAUUAGGGGCUUAGAGUGACGUCGUCACUCGAAAUUAUUAUCUCAACCCCCCCAAUUUACUGCAAAAUGGACUGAAAUUUGUUUGUGUUAUAACACAAACCAGCAAAAAUGAUUGACACAAUUCCUAAUCGAAAUGGGGGGCUGGCUGACCUCAGAUUUACCGAUAAAAGAAUUAGAAAUUUCUCUAGAACAAAAGCAGCACAAACAAAACUUUUACAGCACAAACGAUUGACAUUUUUACAUAAAUUUGAGUCUGAUUUGUCACAAAGCACAUAUAGCAAUAUACAAAGUGUCGUCCUUUUUUUUUUUAAACUUCCGGGUCAUCCUCUUGCUGUUGUGCUGCAGGUCUUUGCAUUCAUCUUGCGAGCCUUUUGCUGUCGUGUUGUGGCAAUUGGGGCUCGUGCUUUUGCCAAUUUGCAAUCGCGGCAGUUUGCAUUUGUGCUUUUUUUCUUUUGCAAAGCAUUUGCAAUUGGGAUUCGUGCUUUUUUUCUAUUUGCAAAGUGUUUGGACUUUUGCCUGACACCUCUCGGCCACUGUAUUUCCCAGCUGUUCGCAAAUCAAAAAUCAUUGAAAGCAGGUCUUCAGACAGCUCUUUAGACCGAGUCAUGAUGCACGUCAGGCAAUGCUUCUGAUCAAGAAAUUUCUCACUAGGUGUGUGUUUUAUAGUAGACAGGGCAGCUUUAAACCACUUAUCAGUUAUUGGGCACACACCUGAAUUAAAAUGUUUGGUGAAAAUUGGUUUCAAUUGCUCUUUAUGUCUCCUUAGGCAGAGGGUUCACUUACUUAUUUUCCCCCUUCUGUCAUUGCAUGUUAUCUUCAUUAAAAUAUGAAAACCUAUAAAUUUUUGGGUGGUUUUAGUUAAAGCAGACACUGUAUUUUCAUCUGUGUGAUUUUGACAAUGAUCAGAUCACAUUUGAUGGUGGUUUUAUGCAGGAAUAUGAGAGAUUCCAAUGGUUCAGAUACUUUUUCAUAUCACUAGCUCGCCGUGUUUUCAUGACGUUAUCACAAGAGGACUAAAGUUCUUCACACUUUCCGGUGGUAAAAUUUCAGCCUUUUAAUCGAAAACCGAAAAUGCAAUUUCUGCGAUUUUAGGCUGAAAGUGUUCGGCGCCGAAUUUGCGGCCAGAUCCCUUAAUUAUUAGGCUAAUGCCUAUGCUGCUUGGAGCUAGCAUACUCAGGGGACUGAAUCCAUCACGAUGAGAGUGUUCUUGCCUAAGAAGAUGUUUCAACUGUCAUCUAAGCAGUCUUCAUCAGUUCACUUAUAGGCUAAGAGUCGGUAUAGAAAUCCAACUGUUUAACCUCGAGGUUAGAAGCACACCCCAACUAUGAACGUUGUUACUCUCUUGAGAUGCAAAACAACAGUUGAUGAGACGCAAUAAAGAUAAUUCUUUGUUUGCUAACAUUUGUAUGGAAUCGCCCUCUUUAAUAUUGUUUUAACGAUGGGGGUAGUGGCGCCUGACACCUGAAUGAAGCUGUGUUGUACGUUUGUUAUUUCUGAGAGGCUAAAUUAUUGAGUGUCUUUGGUAUGGAUGAAAGGAUGUUGUGGGAGAUGUCGUAAGCCUGCUCCUCCCUUUGCAUCUCGAUUGUGAGCGAUGGUGUUCAUUAAGUGCGGUGCAGUUAGUGCAGUUUUUUUUUCCAUCCUGGGAAAAGGAACGUGUCUAUUUGAGGGAGGUGUUUAUUUGUUUCCAGUGAAUCAAAUAAAUACAGUGGGACUUUGAUUUUCUUGUGCACAAGUUCAUUAUAAAAUGUGGUUUCCGACAAUUAUUAUGGUUUUCUUCGUCUUAUUCACUUGAUUUUACGCACACUCACCCCGUCUUUCCUGUCCUCCCUCUUGGAUGCCUAAUGCUGUCAAUGGCACUAAAUGAGUUAAAGGGGAAGUUCAGAAUUCAUGACAUUAGGCUUAAAGUGCGUAUGACGCCAAAAAACAUGUUUAUGUUUACCGUUAGCGCAGUGUUUUAUGCUCCUGAAUAAAAUGUACCCCUUGGAUGUGCGUGGAAGCGAUGGUUUUAUAUAUUUCAUUUUUAAACCCCACGCCAUGAAAAUGAGUAACUUCCGGCUCCAGUCUCGGGUUCAGGAUGAAUGUGAAUGUGACGUCACCCGGGUCAGCAUCUCACAAUACAGCAUUGCGUUAUAGCAUUCACAUGGACUGCGGAUUCAGCUGAUUAAUUCAUCUAUUUUUCGCAUCACGCCAGUCAAAUGUGCUGCAGAAAAUUGUUGCUGCACCAGGGAGAGGCAUGUGAGCCUUUAGGAGUUUCAAAAGGUUCCCAUUUACCGCGGAUAUUGGCCAAAACAAGCCCUACUACUGAGGGACCAUUGGACUUAAGAGGAAAUAAGUACCGUAUUUUUCGGACUACAAGUCGCACCAGCCAUAAAAUGCCCAACGAAGAGAAAAAAACAUUUAAGUCGCAUUUUCGCAGGGGAAAUUUACUUGAUAAAAUCCAACACAUAUAUAUGUCAUCUUGAAAGGCAAUUUAAUAUAAAAAUACAAUAGAGAACAACAUGCUGAAUAAGUGUACAGUGCAUGAACAACGAAAUGCGAAUACACUGUCCUCACCAGGACGCUACAGCUCGGUCCUGGCUAUACAGCGAGCUAAACUCCCAAAUGACGAUGCUGGACGUCCGUAUAAUUUGCUGAAUCAAUUUCGUCCUCGAUACCAAACAGUUUCGCAUCAACGUAAAUAAAUAAUAAUUAGGUGCUCCUACAGCAAUGACACAAACCGUUAGCAUGCGUUCGCUAGCAUUAGCAUAUCGUUCAAACAACCACACAACUGGCUCUAAGUGUCCGAUCGCGGGUGGAAAACACAACAACAACAGAAAAGACUAUACACACAGGCGUUGCCUCUGUAGAGAUAUUUUACAAGCAUAAACAAUGAACGUAGGUUCGCAGCCCUGUUUCUCUCUCGCUAACUCGCCCACUCACGCAGAGCUGCGUAGCUGUCCGUCUUCUUCUGGCGUGUGAGUGCUCUUCUUCACGUAAACAAGUGCGAGUGCGCCCCCACGUGGGUGUGAAAGCGCCACAAACUAAAAGCAUGGAUUUCAAUAUAAAAAAGUCAAUAAUACAAUUGAACACACAUUGCCAAAGGCAGAAUGUGAGCAUGACCAUAGCUAUUAAGAGUUAUUCAGAUAACUAUAGCAUAAAGAACAUGCUAACAAAUUUACCAAAACCAUCAGUGUCACUCCAAAACACCAAAAUAACAUGUGAAAUGAUAUCAUAAUGUGUUAAUAAUUUCACACAAAAGUCGCUCCUGAGUAUAAGUCGCACCCCCAGCCAAACUAUGAAAAAAAACCACGAUUUAUAGUCCGAAAAAUACGGUAAACAUCGUAUUUCGUGUUAUGUCAAAUACUGGGAUCAUGGCACACGUUUUAAUACUGAGGUGACUUUCAUUUUGUGGCUGACAUGCUCCUUGUCCACCGAAAAUGCCACUCGGCCAACAACCGGUGGCUUGUCGUGCAUCCCGCCACCGGGAGAGCACUAUACUCUGCUUAUUGCCCUCUUCGUGGGCCCGGUGUUCUGUCAAAUUUUCAACCCCAUCAGAAUUUGCAACUUUUGUUAAAAUUGGCCGCGAAUACAGCAAUUACAAAGUAAACACUACAACUUUCUUUAAAUAAAGGACUAUUUACUUACGUUUGAUCAUGGACGGACAUGUAGAAAAGUUCUCCUCAGACACAUCCUCCAUGUUAGCUGCACAACAACUGCAAGCCGCUCUCUCACUGUUUACGUCUUCGCCGUGUAGUAAAACAUUAUUUUACGCCAUAUUCGUGUUGACCACGUGGCAGCUACACGCUCCUUCGAAGUCGGCCGGUGUGUGCAGCUGCUUCACCGGCAGACUAGCUCUCCAGCCCGCAGCAGGGGAACGAGUCUGGCAAGCUGCAACUUGCUCGCCGCUGGGCGGGUUGCCGAUCGGCGAAGACAAUCUACAACCCCGCCGCCGUGUGACAUGACCCUGGGUAGUUUUGUGUGAUUUUUCGCUUUGAAAACCAAGAAAAAUAAUUUGAAACAUCACUCUGUUCGGGUUAGCAUGUCGGCUAGCUGUCACGCCUCCUGGUUUGCUUACGCUCUCCGAAGCUGGGCAGGGAAAUGACAAAAGCCGGACUAACUCCGGCAUAAAAUAUAGUUUGGGAGGUGCUAGAAGUGGACAGUUCUGACCAUUAUGGAGUAAUUUUGCCAUGUCGUACUGAACAAAUGCAUUUUGAAUAUUUCAUAUUCCAUUUAGCACAAGACCGUUAUUGCCAUGACCAUACCAUUUAUUUAUCAAUUGGGGAAAAAUACUUCGAUAAAAAGAAUAUCCUGUAAAAAUAUUGGGAGAGACUGGAACAAUGACAUUUUGCGGCUCUCUUUGUCGCAUUUUUCUUGUUCUGAUUAAUUCCCCCUCAAUGGCCUGAAUUCUAAAUCAGAUGAACCCAUGACCCUGCCGACGUCAUCCUCCUGUUGGGGACGCUAGAGCCCUAUAAUGGUCGGCGUGGCUAAACGGCAGAUUAAAACACUUAAUUUCUCGUCAUCUGCGCUUUGCCAAAUUGUUGUAUAUAGUCAAAUCGUCUCAAAAUAUGAUUGUAAUUCACAUAAUAAUGCUAUUUAAGACUUUUAUAUCCUGUCGUUGGCAUUUUAAUCCUCAAAUUAGCAAGGGUUUAAUUAGUCGGUGGAGUUGAUUUUAACACAUUUCGUGCAGUGUGUUAGGUAUUUGUUAGUUUCAGGGCUCUGGAGUGGCUAAGCUAGCGUGAGUCAAUGUUACAAUCUUAGGAUGCCAAUAUAAAACGAUAUUAACAAAUCCAGGUGUUUUAGGGAGGUCAUACAGGCACGUGGAAGCCACUUAACGCUACUUUGACUUAUUUAAAGGACAUUGUAGACAGGAUCAGCCUGUAAUGUAGGUUUUCCACUUUCAUGUUGAGUAAAUUCUGACCUCAGUGGGUUGAUACAACUUAUUUUCAUUGAUAUUUUUUGUGUGAUUUUGUGUUCAGCACAUUCAACAAUGGAAAUAAUAAAGUAUUUAUUAAAAAUAUUUCAUUAUUCAGAUCUACAAUGUUGUACCUUAGUGUUCCCAUUAUUUUUUCGAGCAGUGUAUAAUAAUGUCAAUCAUUUUGAUGGAAAGAAUACAGGUUGGCAUGCAUUAACUUUGAGUUAGGUACUCUUCGAUGAGGGUGAUACCCUCAAAACUUACAAAAUCGAGCUAACAAGCAAGUGAAAUCCUGUCUUCUACCAAUACUGACAAAUACAUUUGAGUGUAUAUGUCUCAACGGGCUUCUGAAAUAGUUGACAAUUUAAAAGAGGUAGUCACUUAAUCAGUUUGUCCCAGGUGAUACCUUUCCAGUUAGCAGAGUCAACUUAAAAAGCAGGAGAAAAUCGCUCAUCAACCAAGAUUAAUAAAUAUAUGGCGGAAAACACAGAUAAGACUGAAAAACACUCUUGCACACCUCUUUAAAAUAAACUGCUGUAUUUUAAGCCAAAAUAAAUGUUGUGUUUGAUAGAAUGCAUAUGUCUAUAUGCUGCCACAGCAGAUUCACGGCGCAUUAAGCCCCUGAACUAUUUUUAAUUUGUCCGUUUUACCCUGGAAACCACUGUCUCCAGACAUCGCGCAACCGCUUUUGUUUCAACCCAGCCCUAAAAAGAAGGUAAUUACUUAUUUAUUGCUCGAAAUGUCAGUCAUUUUUAGCGUAGAAUCAUUAAUUGAUGUCUAAUAUUUACUGUAAAAAAAACAACAACAAAAAAACGACUUUGAUUACUGCGAUUUCUGCAUCGCAACCCUUGUUAUAUUACCAUGGUUCACUCAUAAAAUCCGCCAAAACCCGGUUGUGGCCAUUCACAGCUGUAUCUUGACACUAGGUGAUACAUGCUACAUGGAGUUUUUGGAUCGAAAGUGGUAAGUGAUUAUGCUAUAAUAUCUCGUUAAAAUCAUGGCGUCUUUAAUUCUGCUCUCGCGUGCUCUCACCUCCAGUUAGUUUCUGCUGUUUAAAAAAAUGUUGUUUUUUUUAAAUGCACUCUUGUUCAAAAUUUUUCUUCCUUCAGAAAAUUGAGAUUUUAAGUUUUCCAAUGAUGUAUCACACAUGCACAUAGAACAUUUUUGAAAUUUGGCCAAAUUGGGGGUCUCAGAGCGGGACUUCAAGUCACCUGAGUGUUUCCCGCCUUAUAAUUACGCCACUCAAAUAACAUAACUCAACAUAUACAUCAUAAAGAAUAUAUGUGACAACCAGCCAAUCAUAUGAAUAGGGUCUGCACUAGUCGAAGCAAUAUUUGUAACUAUUCAAGGCUCUGUUACCCGGAAGUAAAAUCCUAUGAUGGAUUAGAGAUGGACCAAUACCAUUUAUUAGCAGUUAGUGGGACUGAUAACUAAUUUUUGGAGCCGAUAUUCAUUUGCAGUGAAAGUGUAAAAAUUGGCGUAAGAAAAUUGAAUAAUGUAAACACUAAACUUAUUUGAAAUGCCUAAAGCAGGCUUGCCCAAGUCGUGCCUGGCACCGCCAGACUAUUCUCCCUGUAUUUUUCAAACACUGUGAGAAGAGUCUGGGACCCAUCUCCUUAUUAGCCUCUCCAGCCAGAACGAAAUCAUCCGUGCAAUCAGAUUCGUAUAUUUGCGUGACGUGUUCUUAACGAGCAACGUCACUCUUGCGCAUUGGAAGUCGUCUCCACAAUAACACAGAUGGCAAAAAACACAUCGAGUCGCUAAAACCAACAGCCUUGUCUUGCGCUAGCCAUGUUGAAUAAAAUUGCUUUGCACCAUGCUAAGGCGAAUGCUACGCGAACGCUAUGAGUUACAUUUAGAGUAUAAGGAUCAAUCAAUAAACACCUUAAAAGGCUAAAGCAACACUGCUUUAUUGUCUCAAGCAAGAUAAAAAUCAAUCCUACAAUAUUUACAAAACAGGAAAGCCUGAAGCUUCCUGUAGCAGUAUCCCUUCAAGCUGCCUCAGGGUCCUACUGUCAGUCAGCAGCGGCCACAGUUGGCCACACUUAUGCCUGAUCAAAAUCCUUUCCAAAUGUUCUAAAAUCCAAAAUUUUCAAAUAUCAGCGCCAAUAAUCGGUCUGUCUCUAUAUUGGAUCCCUAUGGAAGUAGCACAACUCUCAUUCUACAUGACACUGGGAUUCAUGUAACACAGACUUUACAAACCAAUACAAAAUAUUUGGAUUCUGACUCCUAAAAAAAAAAAAAAAAAAAAAAAAAAAACUCUAUUGGGCCUUACUUUAUGGCAUGAGGUGUUACUCAAAUGUUGCCCUAACUUAAUUAUUGUGACAUAUUGCUAAGCAGACCGGUGGGUUUAUUGUUUUUGAGUUUUUAAUAAAAGCUUUAAUUGGAUCCAGAUUAUUUUAAAAAGGAGAAUGUUCUGUAACAAACUAAUCAGAAAACUGAGGCUGCACUAAGAAUGAGACACAGCAACUGAUUAAGGAAUGACUUGAUGUUUUGUUGAUAUGAAAGAAUAAGCCAGUCAUUAUUGUUUUUUUUUUCUCUCCGAUACAAUGAAGUCAAACACACGUGCGUAUCAAUAUGCGACUUCAUUGUGCAAAUCCAUCUGGAAAUCAUUUGUUCUCAGGACAUAAAUCUUUAAUAACCAAGCAUUUUAUUUUUAAUGAGGCCUCAGUAAUUAGCAAUUAGAGGCCAAACAUAUUGUACUGAAAAUGCCUUUGCGCUUGUUAUUUUUUACUCCUUUUUUAUUCAUUCUUUAUCCAUACAGGAAUAUUUCUGUAAAGUGAAAUAAAAGAGCUGCAUUGUUAUUAGAAUUUGUACAAUAUUGUUCAAAAUUAUUCAACCCAUGCAAUGGAUAAGUGUUUUUGCAAGUUUGACAUUCAUUUUUCAUCUUGUUUAUGAUCACAUCAAAUAAUGACAUAUCAAACAGACAAAUACCACUGAAAUAACCAAAAUAUUUUUGGGAAUAUUCCAAUUAAUGGCCUUUCUGCGAAUACCUCACUGAGAAAAUUAUUCAGCCUCCCAAGUCCACCACUCUUAAGAACAAAGGUUCCCAUCAGGUGUUGUCAAACAGCUGUUGAAAGCAUCUGUAGAUGUGAACGGAACCCUAAUGAGCAGCAAUUAAGCAGAUUUAAAAUGACUGUGACAAAUGGCUCUUCUUGGCGGUUAAUGACAUCUUUACAACAUGAUGAAAUCCAAGGAAUGGUCAAUAAAGUUAAGAGAGGAGGUAAUUUCACUUUAUAAGCAAGGGUAUGGAUAUAAAAAGAUAGCAAAAGGACUAAAAAUUUCAAGAGACAGCAUAGUCCGCAAGUUUAAAGCUAAAGGCACAGUGGAAAUGCUACCUGGGCGUGGUAGAAAAAGGUCACUGUCUGCAACUCCUGUGCAAUACCUGAAGCAAAAGUUGAAGAAAAAUCCCCGGGUGACAGUUGAGGAACUACGACAGGACUUGUCAUAGGAAGGUAUUCAGGUUUCAUCCUAGACAAUAAGACGCACACUGCAAAAUGAUAGCUUCCAUGCAAGCACAAAAGGUAUGCCAAAAACCAUGUGGACAAACCACAAAGGUUUUGGGAUAAUGUUCACUGGAGUGAUGAGACCAAACUGGAACUUUUUGGGCCAAUGGAUCAGCGGUACGUGUGGAGGAGAAAGAAUGAUGCUUAUAAAGAAAAGAACAACCUAUCUACUGUGAAGCACGGUGGGGGGUCAGUCAUGCUCUGGGGUUGUUUUGCUUCUUCAGGUACAGGGAAUCUUCAGCGUGUGCAAGGUAUUCUGAAUUCAGUUCAAUACCAGGAGCUCUUGGAUGCAAAUUUCAUGCAGCCAGUUACAAAGCUGAGGCUUGGGAGUGGUUGGAGCUUCUAACAGGACAAUGAUCAUAAGUCACAGACUUCAUAACCUAUUGACAUGACACAGGAAACGGUGCCGAUUCGUACUAUUUUCAAAAACUUCAAAUUUGAAUAUUUUUCAAACCAAAGCUGCUAUUGACCUAAAACUAAAACAGGCACCUACCUUACCUAUAUAUGAGCAGUGUUGUCAGCAACGCGUUAGUUAGUAACGUGUUACUGUAAUUUGAUUACUUUUUUCAGUAACGAGUCAUCUAACGCGUUCAUUUUUCUACACCAGUAAUCUGAUUAAAGUUAGUUUCCUUAGUGUCUCUGCGUUACUAUUUUUUCAUUGCCGCAUAACGUAUGUAGAAUGAAGAAUAUUGUAGUCAUGUACAAAGAGCAUUUUGAAUGGAAAUCAGCAAAAGGUUGGACCCCCUACAUGCGCGGCCGUUUUGUAGCUUUGCCGUAGCAACGACGGGCAGUCAUCGCUCCAAAUUGGCAAGCUUUGUUUACAUCAUAUAUGCGUGUUGCACAUUCAUGCCCUGAGGAUAUGUGUUCGUUUAGCAUCUGUGGGAUGUGUUGUAAGUCCGACUGAGUGUAAAGUGCUUAGUUGCCGCCACGUUUCGUGGCCAAAUUGACCGCGUGUGUGUUGAGAGGAGUACUUCCGGGUUGUUAAUGUACACGGCUGCACGCGCAUCUGUGCCCGCCACCACCUUUGUGUUUAUUGCACUGUACAAUCCAUUUGUGUGUUGUUGAUUAUUGUGCCGUCAGUUUGCAUUGUUUUACAUUGGCACUGAUAUGCUGUUAACCAUAACCCGAAAUUCAGAAGUUUUGACAUUAGGCUUAAUCUUAAGAGUUAGCGGAGUUUAAUUGGUCGGUGGAGUUGAUUUCAACAAAUUCCAAGCAGUUUGUCAGAUAUUUGUUAGUUUCUGGGCUCCGGAGUGACUAAGCUAGCGCGAAAUUCUGAUAUUCCCCUUAAAAUUCAAUAAUCGGAAAGUCAAUUACAUGUGAUGACAUUUUUCUGUUGUCAUUCUUAUGUUGAGGCGGCAAAGGGAGAAAAAUGGGUAAAAAGUAACUGAUAGAUUACUUUUAAAGUAACUUAGUUACUUUGAUAAUGAAGUAACCAGUAAAGUAACUAGAUUAUUUUUUUUGAGGAGUAAUCAGUAAUUAAAUUACUUUUUCAAGUAAUCUGUGACAACACUGUAUGAGUCUCGAUGAGCAGCGGUAUAAAAAAAUUCAAAGUCGUUCCCAUAUAAAAUCCCGAUUAAUUAUUUUUAUAUAAGUAUAACACAAUUUAAAAUGGCUAUAAAAGUCUCAGAUUUUACACUAGAUGCACAAAAAUCACCAAAUGCAGAGAUAAUCACAUAUUUUUAGGAUCAAUAGCAAUAUUUAACAUGUAAGUUUUGACCAGAAUAGCGACUUUGUCUUUUUUUAAUUUACUAUAAGUUUUCAACAGCUAAUAAAUCACUCAAUUUAACAUCGAAAACUUAACACUUGAAGAAACAUGCAAAAUCAAUUAUAAAUAAUAUGUCAAUAGAUUAUUAAUAAAUAAAAUAAAUGCUUUAAUUCCCAAAUUCUUCAUAGAUAUGGACGUAAAACAGUCUCGAUUCUUGGUUAAAAGCGAAGAAACGGUGCCGUUAGCAUUUAUUUUACGUAUAUAUGUCAAAGUACAAUGCUACUCUGUUAGCGAAUGAGGCUAGUAGCCGCCUGACGUAAACAGCGCUUUUCUGGUGAAAAUUCUUAUGAAUAAAUGCUUAAAUCCCUAAAUUCUUGAUAGAUAUGGAUGUCAAACAGUUUCGAUUCUUGGUUAAAAGCAAAAAAAAAAGCGUGCAAGUAGCAUUUAUUUCACGUAAAUAUUGCCAACUAUGAGGCUAGUCAGUUACGAAAAUUAGCCGCCUCCAUGUGUUAACAAAGAAGAAACUAAAUGCUAAAAAUCACUGAAUUCUUUGUGGAUAUGGACGUAAAACUGUCUCGAUUCUUUGUUAAAAGAGCACAAAAAAAAAAACGGGCAGUUACACAUCAAUUUUAAGUAGGGCUGCAGCUAUCGAAUAUUUUAGUAAUCGAGUAAUCGACUGAAAAUUCUAUCGAUUAAUCGAGUAAUCGGAUAAAACAAAUAUAUUUUUAGGUGAAGAGCAAUUAUAGAUUUACAUGAGAAAACAAGACAUUUUAUCAUUUUCAGUCAAUCAAUGUCUUUAUUUUUUAUGUAUAUUGUUGAAAACAGCGAACAAUUGCAUCUCUGAUGUAACUAGAAUUAAAAAAAAAAAAAAAAGACUAAUUCACUGCUUUCACUCAAAAACCUUUAGAUCUUAUUUAAAAUAUAUAUAUAUAUGUAUAUAUAUAUAUACACACACCUAAAAAUGCCUUUACGCUUGAUAACACACAUCACUUAAAAGUUAGGAUUUUCCCCCACGUUUUUCAAUUGAAUUUCUAUUUGUGUCAAGCCAUUUUUAAGUUCUAGUUAAGGUCCUGAUAGGAUUUUGAGUUUUUGCACUGUUCAAAAUAAAUGUAUGAUACAGGCUGUAUUGGAGCACAUUAGGGACUAGUGCUACUUGAUGUUUUAUCCAGCAAUGACUACUGAGCUAAAAUUGAUAGUUAGCAUUAUUGAGUUUUUAUUUGACACCCUUAUCACUCCACAACGCUAUGUUAUGUUAAAGCCUGUAUGUAAGACACGUUAGCCACGCAUCGAAAGUGGUUUUAAUUGAUUGAAACCUAGCCCUCCGCAGGGCUAACGUAAGAUGAGCUAGUAGUGACAGUAACGUUAACCUUAUAUAUUAGCGCUUAGCGCUCUUUAUUAGCGCUUAGCGCUCUACUGCUUUAAGAUGGCGGCUGUUUGCUAACGCUGCCCAGACGCGGCCUAGUCUGUCAUUGCGCAUCUAGUUCAACAUACAUGUGAUCUCUAUGAGACUUACCAGACGCUAGCUGCAACUAAUGUAGCAUGUGCGGGCUAGUAUUUAGCAACGUCGGCGUCGUUUGUAGCGGUUGUCGGUAGGCCUGAACGAUAUAUCGUUUAAACAUCGCCAUCGCGAUGUGCACGUGUGCAAUAGUCCCAUCGCAAGUACUUGCAAUAGUUUUAUUUUUUUUUAAUCCACAAAUGUAUGUUGCUCCAUGCUUUCUCUGUCCCGAGUUGAUCGCUUUAGUGACACUCACACAACCUCCCUGUCCCUCUCCCUCCUUCCCUCUCCUAGGUCUUUGUUCCUCUGCGCACUUGCUUAUUAAAGUUAACGAUGGUUGUGUUUGAUCUUGCCACAGAGGCGGACUUCAAUCACACCGCAUCUUUCAGUCGUCGUUUAACUUGUUAAGCACGUGUUGCAUGAAGGAAGCGUGCGCUGGAAUGAAUGUGUGUGCGUGGAAACGUUGGGGACAGCCGGUGUUCUGACGAAUGGGUAUGCUUUGUACACCUGUUGUGUUGUGUCCUGGAAAUAAACAGUAGAAGUGAUUCUGCAGCCAAGGUAGAUAAACAGAAGCAUUAAAUAAAGCAAAGCAUUUUUCUACUACAGUACAUUAUUCUUGUUUAAAAAUGUUUCGAUGAUCUGCACGUGUGGUACAUGAUUGGAAAGCUUAAAAUCUCAACUUUCUGGGGGAAGAAAAAUUUUUAACAGGAGGGCAUUUUUAAAAAAAAAAAAAAAGUUUUUUAAACAGCAAAACCCUAGCUGGAGGUGAGAGCAUGCGAGAGCAGAAUUACAGACACCAUGACUUUAACGAGAUAUUAUCGCGUACUUAUCUUGUUUCGAUCCAAAAGCUCCAUGUCGCAUGUAUCACUGAGUGUCAAGACACAGCUGUGACUGGCCGCAGCUGGAUUAUUUCAUUUUAUUUUAUGGGUGAAACAUGGUACUAUAGCAGAAAUCGCAGACAUCAAGGAGUGGUCGAGAUUUUCUUUUUCAUAUAUUUACCCUUUUAAACGUUUUUUCCCCCAAUUUUUCUUUUUUCGGGUAAGUUAUUUAUCAUCUAUCAUAGCAGGGAAAAUGCGACAGUAACAAAAAAAUACAAUUUAGCGAAAGUUAUGAGGUAGAUAUCCGUGACUUUUUUACAGACGCCAUAUUUUUCAUUGUGACAUAAUUUGUUUAAAAAUUGAAAAUAUGCGAGUGAAUCAUUUUUUAAAGUUAGCCAUAUACAUUUUGUAAAGCAUAUUUUAGGGGGAACAUUUUGAAAAAAAC